AUGGUACCUUCAGCUGAUGGUUUUGGCUGCUCCUGCGCGGAACAUAGCGUGCCAGUAGGCAUAGGUAGAUGCAAGCCCUGCAAUGCUACUGAGGUGGUGUCAGCUGAUGGUUACACGUGUGUGCCACGUCGCUGUCAGAACGUGUCUGGCAGGAUCGCGUGUAGGAAGUGUCCUAAUGAUUAUAUUACAGUCACCCAAAACAUAGACGGGUCGCCACUCAAAGAGGUUCAAUGCGUGAAAUGCGCGCGCGGCUUUAAGCCAAUAAACAACGUGUGCGCACGUUGCGAGUCGUGCACAUGCGCGAAAAAUCAGAUCAUUGUUCGAGGCAUCUGUAUACCGAAAACCUAUGUGAACUCCAGACCGAAGUAUGAAGAGAAUAGUUUGCAUCCACUGGCCCUACUGGAUGUCGUUAAACAUGAGUAUUUAUGUAUGCAAAACGACCUCCGAGCAUGUCACGCGCUUGCCAAUGAGUGUGUGAGGAACUUCUACUCGACUGAUGCAGCAGGACCUUGUAGACUUUGGAUACAGCCUAAAUUGACUACACCUAAAGCAUUGCCGCGUCUCAUCGUAGAAUCAACUUUAGAAGAUAAAAAUCCGGGAGAAACUUACCUUGGAAGGAAGAAGGAUUCCAUACUAAUAGCGGCAGCGGUGUUCUUAUCAGACGGCCGAUUUAAGUUUACCACGGACACAAACCAAGAUCACAACACCUCGUGCCGUCUCCCCGUUAUAAUUAGAAUCGGUCGAGAUUUCUCUCGCGAUUGCAUCAUAAAUGUAUCGAAGAUUACCGAAGAUUUGAACGAGACGAUAUCGCCUUAUCUGUAUGCUGACGGGAAACUCGUGCAGAUACCAGUUUAUCCCAGGAAACCUAAUGGACAACCAAUACAGAAAGGUACCUGGAUUUCGAGUAAAUUUAAACGAUUCUUCGUAAUCGAUAGCUCUCUCUCGAUAGUCACAAAUGCUACGAAUUACGUAUACUUACGUACAAUGGAGAUAAAACUACAGAUUGAGCGAGACAAAGCAAGUCCAAGUUCUCUACGAGUGCAAGUAUCAGUAGAAGUUAGUUAUGCAUCGAAGUCACCUCUAUCAGAGUCUGUCACCAUGACCCUGAAGGUGACACAUGUGAUGCCUGAAGCUGGAGUUCAUCGUGGACUAGAGAUAUGGGGCGGGGUGCUUGGCUGCCUGCUGACUCUGUACGCUAUGGUGCAGUGGCGAGGAGUGGUCCGCAGAGGAGGACUCUACGUCUCCGUCCUCCCUUUGAUGGCGGCUGCUAUUUCUGACACCUUUUAUUUUGCUGCAUGGUUCUCCACUCUUCAUGCCUUGGCAGCGGAGGCUGGCACGCUCGGAUUGACGUUACCACUGUCACAAGCUGAAGAACGCAUCGUCAUGGCGUUUGUCUACACUGCAGUUUCAUUGAAGGCUGUUAAAGUAGCGUGGUUCAACUUCAACCAAUGUCGAUGUGAUCUCUUCUUUUUGGAUUGGUCUGAAUACAAUCCGCCGUAUAAAGGAGCAGCAACAGAAAAGUAUAAUAGUUGGAGAGCUUCCACAUUAGCCAGAGAGUGGUCGAGGAUGCAGACUAUGAGAAGAGUCUCUCCGGGGUAUACCGUCAGCUUAGCACUGCUUGUACUACAUCUCCUGGUACCCUGGAGAUCCUACCUUCCCCCAAGUCAAGGCUACAAGUGGGCAGUGGCCACGAUAGCCUGGUGGAGUUCAUACGCCACGCUGCUGUGUUUCCGAUGGGUGGUCGACAGGGUGCUAGGGUCCCCGACUGCUGCCCUGCCGAAGAUCUGCAGCAGUGUCGGUCUGUCGCUGUUGGUGUUUGAAGAGGAGCACUAUGCUCAUUAUAUUCAUGGACGUAACGAUGACACCAAAGACUUGCGAUCUAUCGCGGGCCCGCUCGCUGCGUGCCGAGUGGUCUGCGCUCCACAACUCAGGAUCGUGUAUAAACAACUAUCAAUGUCGAUACCAGCUUUAGGAGAAACUGAAACUAGGCAGUCACUAUUAUCCCGAUUCCUGGCUGCGUUCUUUGAAAGAGCAUUGGACGGCCUCAGCUGGGUUGCCAGUGAACGCACAGUAUUUGAACGGUUACUGAACGUGGAACUGAAUACGAGAGAAGCUGGCAACACCAGCACUUUGCUUUAUGACCCUGACGAGGGUACGCCUUCGUGUUUUGCUGUUACUUGGUGGGGCGAAGAAUGGUCCCUGGCUACAUUUGAAGCCAUGCUCUUCGGUAGCCUGAUGAUGGCCACAGACGAGCCUUUGAUAGCUGCCCUGGUCACUCUUUUAGUAUGGCAGGUAAUGAUGCGACUACGAAAAGGACUUGGAAAUAGGAAUCAACGAGAAAAGACUGAUGUCCAAAUGUAAUUAGACGCAAGAGACCUGUCCUGUUAAGAUGCGGUCACAAUCUUUAUAUAUACUGUUCUGGGCAAUAUU